GCCGUUUUCACGCUUGGAGUUCUGCUCAGUAGACAAACACUGAAUGAAACGAAACCAUACACGUGUAAUGUUGAAUCAAGCGUUCAACUGUAAUAAUAAACAUGACUACACAACGACGAGGAGUCAGCAAAAACGCAGAAAGUAUCGCCAUUGAAAAGAAAAUCAAGAGGGGAAAUGCGCAGAGACAGGCUUCUUCUUGGAGAGGGAACGUGCCUUCGCUGUUGCUGCUGAUAGGAGCCACUGGACUAGUGAGCUGGAUGUAUUUCACAUGGUCUGAUGACUUGACACACACAUUGGUUUCUAGAGGUGAAGUCUACACUCAGCCCAGAGUGUUUACAGUCGAGUGCUCUGAAGACUACAAGAGGUACAAGCACUUUCCAGGUUGCACUCCAGCAAAAUGCGGCAGAGCCAUUUCAGACAGUGUUGUGACUUUGGAGGAGGCGCAGAAACUUAAAAGGUUGGCUGAGCGAGGUUUAUCACUUGGUGGAUCAGAUGGUGGUGCCUCCAUCUUGGACCUUCACUCUGGGGCGCUGUCUAUGGGAAAGCAGUUUGUGAAUAUCUAUAGAUAUUUUAAGAAUGAGAUUAAGGAGGUUUUUACCAAAGAAGAUUUUGAGCUGUACAGUGAUGUCCGUGGCCGAAUUCAAAAGGCAAUAUCAGAGACGUUUGGUCUGGACUCCAAACAGAUGUACCUCACCAAGCCCACCUUCUUCUCUCGCAUCAACAGCACCUCUGCCAAAACCACUCAUGAUGAGUACUGGCACCCUCAUAUAGAUAAGGAGACAUAUGGAUCCUUUGACUACACAUCUUUGCUUUACUUGUCUGAUUAUGGGUUGGAUUUUGGUGGCGGACGGUUUGUCUUCAUGGACCCCAACAGCAACAGAACGGUGGAGCCACGUGCUGCACCUCUUCUUUCAUCUGCUGCAGGUCGGGUCUCCUUCUUCUCAUCCGGUUCUGAGAACCUCCAUCAUGUGGAGAAGGUUGCUUGGGGCACACGAUAUGCCAUUACUGUGUCCUUCACAUGUGACCCUGAUUUUGCCAUUGAUAACCCCUCCUUGCCGUAGGAUCCACCUGGUUUAAAGGGACGGAUGAGUGACAGGAACCCUGGGGCAAACACAGAGGAAAAUGAUGAAACACCACUUCCAUCUGUCAGGUUUACAGCAUUGAAAAAACCCUCUUAUUUUCCUUUUAGAAAGAUGUUUUGGUUUUUCUGUGCUCGAAAUGGUUUUGUCUCCCUUUAUGCUUUUAAUUUAAGGGGAGUUUUGUAUUUUCAGGAGAUUUACUUGAAUUGCCAUCAUUUGAAGCCAAGCAUCUUCUGGGUUUGAUUUUUGCUUCAGAAGGUGCUUUAUUGGCAAGUCUUCUCUUUUCUGGUUGUGCUGCACGCUUUAAAGUCGUUUAUAUUAUUAUAGUUAAAUCACUGUCUAGACAGGCGACACAAGUGGGAUGAUGGAACCGGUGUAUGUAAUGAAAACAAGGAGCUGAAGACCCGCUUGUCAAAUAUCUCCACUCGUGUCAUCACCUAAAAAAUGUUCUUUGUAGAAUUGCUUUCCAAAGCCUUGCUCAUGCUACUAAUGACACUUCAAUGAAUCAGAUUCACAAAGAAUUUUUGUUCCUUCAGCCAUGUUUUUACUUGAGUGGAUGCUUUGAAAGAAAAUGUCUUUUUGAUAUCUUUGAAAGGAGUGUUAGAGUAUUCUUAGAGAAAACAAAAAGUUUUCUUGAUGUCUUUAUUCUAAUGUCCCUUUGAUUUGCCAAGAACAAAAAGUUUCUAUAGCAAACAUGAUGAUCUGUUGUUAACACAUUCUAUAUUGUACUGUGUUAGCUUUAAUUACACUGGCAUUUUAUGUGGCGAAAGUCAAGUUCAGCCAGUCACAACAUGUUUUUGACAGCUUGUUUUGAGAUGUAACUGCUAAUUGGCUUCUUUUUACACAUUCAAGUCCCAAAAUUAAACGCCUCACCUUUGAAGUGAGGUUCAAAACA